AUGCCAUCUGACUCUCAUCAUCACCACCAUCACCGGCAUCGACAGCAUCAACAUCGUCACCACCACCACCACCAACAUACGGCGAACGACCCACGCGGGGAUGCAAGUGUGCCUUCUUCUUCAGCAGUAGCUGCAACGGAAACAGCGAGGCCUCGAGACCAAGUCAAACGGCGCAGACGGCCAACGAUAUCGAAUACCCCUCCAUCUACGCUUACAUCGACGACAGCGGCAGCCGCUAAUUUAGAAACGAACGAACUCCCAGCACAGCAUCCGAACAACAUCCUAAUUGAAGACCCGCGGCGCGCAUAUCUCACCGCUGUCCUCGCAGCGUGCACACAAUCAGAGCUACGUUUCCUCUUGCACGCUAUCCCACCGCUUCUCACAUCUGCCACCGAGUCUGCAUCUCUGCAAACGCUUCCACCAGCACCUCCGACAGAUCCGUUCACGCGCCUCCCACCCGAGCUCGCGCUGCACAUCCUCUCUCUCACAUACUGCGCACGCACUGUCACGCGCGCGACGCGCGUAUCCAGGCGGUGGUACCGACUCGCGAGGGACGAGAGCGUGUGGCGGGUGAUGUGUGCUGUGUAUGGGUUUGGUGGGUUCGAAGGCGCGCGCGGGGUAUGGGAGGUUAGAGAGGGUAAGAAGCGGGAGCGAGAACGGCUGAGAGCGAGCAGGGAGGUGGAAAAGGAGAGGAAGGUCGAGGAGGAAAUUGAUGAUGAGGAGGAAGAGGAUGGCGAAAAGCUGUAUGCGAAAAUUAAAGCUGAGGAGGACGAGAAAAAGGGGAAGAAAAGACCUCAUCAUACAGAACAUGUUAGCGCGUAUACGUACCGCCGGCACUUCAAGUGCACGUAUAUCCUCAGAUCGAACUGGGAACGCGGCGGACACAUCCUCAAAACACACGCGCUGCCCAUCCUCACACCCUCACCCACACCUUCACCGUCCCUUGGACCCUCUUCGUCCUCCCACGCACACACCCAUGCACAUGCACACCUCCCACCAAGUUCUGACUCAGGGACCGUCACAGCGCUCGCGCUCGACCGUGACUGGAUCGUCGUUGGGUUCGCCAACGCGCUCGUGCGCGUGUAUUCGGCAAGUAAAGGUGUGCUGUGCCGCACACUUGUAGGGCAUAAGGCGGGGGUGUGGUGUGUAUGUUUGGUUGGUGCUGGUGGGGUAGGAGACGGGGAAGGAGACGGAGACGGGACUAGGAAUGGAGAUGGGGAGAAGGAGGUGCGGGAGGAAGAGGCACAUGCGAGACACCACUCUGUGCCGACGCGUCGUCGCCGCUCGUCGGUAUCUGUGUCUGUGUCUAAGCAUUCCAAGCCGAAGAAAGAACAUACGCACGCGCACGUUCAUGGUCAUGGACAUCACCUCAAAGACUCGGCGUCAACAGCUUCAGCUUCAACAUCAUUAUCGACGUCGGCAUCCACAUCCACAUUGGGCCUAUCGAAGGUGUCCAAGCUUACACUGUUCGACGGCGAUGCGGAUCCGAAGGGUAAGGGCAAGAGUAAGGAUAACAGUAAGGGUGUGGAUCGUAGUAAGAGCAAGAGCAGGAGCGCGCAUGAGUUCAGGUUGUAUUUGACCUCGAAUUCAGACGCGGCCGCGGAGGAGGGAGAAAGAGAAGGGGGAGAUCGAAAAAGCAAAGGAAAGGGGAAAUUGAAAGAGCAAGAACAUGCCAAAGACAGUACAUCCAGCCUUGACCGGACAACAGCCAGGAGCAAAACGAAGGUCAGUACACGGGACUCGGAGAGCGACAGCGCGUACCGCUCUGAAACUCGUGCACGGGCUCGCACGCAGCCGAGACUUCAUAGCUCAGGUGGAACAAGCGGAACGGGCGUGAUAUCGCCUGCGAUGCAACGCGCGUUGGGGUUGACGGAUGUAGAUGGGAGCAGUAGUGAGAGCGGUAGUAGCAGCAGCAGUGGCGAAGAGGAAGAGGAAGAGGAUGACGAUACAGAGGGUGAGAUAACACGAGACGAAGAAGAAGAAGAGGAGGCUAUGGCCUCUGCACCGCUGCUACGCCACGAGCGCAGAGGACAGGCUGAGGGCGAGGGUGAAGGUGAAGAUGAAGUAUACCCUACCUCUGCGCCCCCGUGGACAUCCAGCAAACACCCAUCGCGCCAUAAGCGCCGGCACCGCGAGCGCCACGACCACGACCGGAAUCAUCGCCACAGGCGCUCGAGACGUGCCUCAACGUACGCUUUGCAUGCGGACCCUGACCACAGCCAACAAAAUUGGCGCGACUUUGGGGCGACAGGGGCACCAGAUACCAGUGACACUAUGGGCACCGGUACGGGCGCGACGCGCGGAUGGGGUCAGCCGCACGCAUUGGUCGUGAGCGGGGGAUGCGACAAGGUGGUGAAAGUGUGGGAUGUCGUGUCUGGGCAAUGUAUAUAUACGCUGCACGGUCACCGAUCCACGAUCCGCGCGAUGCGUAUGGUGGAUGGGACACCGCUCGCUAUCACCGCGUCGCGCGACGGUACAAUGCGCGUCUGGGACGUGCGCCGUGGGUGUGCGGUGCGGGUGCUGGAAGGUCAUGAGGAUAGCGUGAGGUGUUUGGAGGUCGCGAUUGAUUUUGUUAUGGCUGAUGAUGGGGAUGAUGGUGGGGUCGAUGGGGAAAAUGAGAGAGGGGAUGGAGGAGGAGGGGAGAAAAAGAAGGUGAGGGUGAGGGCGGUGAGUGGGAGCUACGAUCGUACAUUAAGGCUAUGGGACAUUAGCACAGGCAAGUGCAUCCAUGUUCUUCGUGGGCAUCUCCACCAGGUGUACUGCGUCGCGUUCGACGGCGUGCGUAUCGCGUCCGGUGGGCUCGAUACAACGAUUCGGAUAUGGAAUGCAGAGACAGGUCAAUGUACGGCACUGCUGCAAGGCCACACCGCCCUCGUGUGUGAGCUUCGGCUCGUUUCUUCUCCCCCUCCCCCUCCGUCUCUGCCGAGAAAGCAAGCACAUUCACAGCCGCUCCUCAUCAGCGCCUCAGCAGCGGGCGCACUCAUAGCGUUCGACCUCGGGACGUUGCGCGCACGGUACACGCUUCCAGGCGCGCAUCGUGGGUCUGUAACUGCGCUGCAGGUGGUGGAGGUGCAUCCACCUUGGAUGCCUGCUUCGUCGUCGGUGUCGGACUCGGACUUGGAGCUUGGCGGCUUGGAUUCGAGUUUGGCUGCUCCGUCUGCAACUGCACCUAUAGAAAUUGAGCAAGAACAAGGUCAAAUUGAUGACCAUAAUCCCUCGCACAACUCAUUGCAUCCAUAUCUCCUCACCGCAGGAACUGAUGGCCUCGCGCAGCUUUUCUGCCUGCAAACAGGAGAGUUUAUCCGCGUUCUCAGCGGCGAUGGUGCUCCUGGGGGUGGUAGUGGUGGUAGGAGUGCCAGUGGUAUUGGAAGUCAUCUCAGUACUGGUGGUAAUGGAAGCAAUGGAGACAAUGGUGGUAGAGGCAACAGGGGCGCUGCUCAAAACGAUACGGUGUGGAAGGCAGGCGCUGGUGGCGGGACGGGCGCGGAGACUUGUGCGAUCAUGUGUCGGCGUGGUACGAAGACGGUCGUGGAGAUUUGGGGUAUGGGUGUUAAGGCUGAACGGGUAGCGAGGACAGGGAGGGGCUAA